UGGAUGAGACUGACUUCUGUCAACAUGACUACCCCUCUGUUCACUGCUCUGUCCUUCCUGGCUGUGCUGGCCCUUGGGUCAUGUCUAGCUCUCUUGCCCGAGGAGAAGCCCUAUGUGGAGCGUGCUGGUAUCCAAUACAGCGCUAGGCCUUACACCUCCCUCCUCACCGUGCCCAAUGGAGAGCAGUUUGGGAACUGGACCUGGCCCGAGAUGUGUCCCGACAAGUUCUUCGCCGUUGGGUUCAUGCUCCGGGUGGAGUCCGAACAGUACGGUCUGGACGACACUGCCCUGAAUGGCAUUCGCUUGAUCUGCGCUAAGGAGGAAGAUAGGAGCUUCUUGUACACCAUUGAGUCUCACACUGGAUUCUUUGGUGACUGGUCAGACCCUCAGUAUUGCCCCAGGGGUGUGCUGACUUCCUUCCAGCUGCGUGUGGAAGCCCACCAGGGUCUGUUCGGUGACGACACAGCCGCCAACAACGUCAGGUUCCGCUGCAGCAGCAACCCCACCCUCGCAGGCGCCGGCCUGGACUACGGCGAGUACAGCCUCUGGAGCCAGGAUUGUGGCGAUGGAGGAAUCUGUGGCAUCGAGACCAAGAUGGAGGAAUACCAGUACGGUCUGGAUGACUCAUCUCUCAAUGACGUGCGCUUCCACUGCUGCGCCAAACUCCAGCAGUAAUCAUCUGAGGGAGAUGCCUCUUCUGGACCAAUCUCAACCAACCAAUCAGCCCAGACCUGUCAACACACAGGCUCUGACCCAUGGUCCAUUCAAUCCAAUCUACACCCAAUAUCUGAAUCUGCCACUGGUUAAAACCUAAUAAAUCAUUCA